AUCUGACUCUGAGGUACUCAGGUCAAAAUAAAUUACAUUUGAGAUAAAUGACCAUGAUUCUCUCCAUGGCGGCCAGUUUCUGGACAUCUGCUGUUCUACUUCUGUGUCUGCACUCAGGUGACUGUACAGAGAUAAUUGGUGGAAAGGAGGUGACACCUCACUCCCUCCCCUACAUGGCUCUGCUGGAGAACAAUGACGGACGAAGUAGAAGUAAUUGUGGAGGAAUCCUCAUCCAUCAGCAAUGGGUCCUGACUGCUGCUCACUGUCCUCACAUGAAAAAGGUGUUGCUGGGUGUCCAUGCCAUCAACAAGGAGGAGAAGGAAACCAGGCAGGUCCGGAAGGUCAAAAGUGAAGUGCCUCAUCCCUGUUUUGACCACAAUUCCACUGUUAAUGACAUCAUGCUGCUGAAGCUCGAUAAGAAAGUGAAACUUAGUAAGGCGGUGAACGUCCUGCCUUUACCCGACUCAGUGGACGACGUCCCAGCAGGAACCGUCUGUUCAGUGUCAGGAUGGGGGCUCACAAAGGACAGCACCAAAGCCAUGUCCAACGUCCUAAAAUCAGCCAAUCUCACAGUGAUCGACAGACGGAAGUGUAACUCUCCAGAGUACUACAACAUGAAACCCAUCAUCACCUAUAAGAUGCUGUGUGCCGGCUUCCUGGAUGAUAUCAAAGUGGACGCAUGUAAGGGAGACUCUGGGGGUCCGUUGAUGUGUGGCGGUAAACUACGGGGAGUCGUAUCUUUUGGUGAAGGAUGUGGUGUCAAGACCAAGCCUGGGGUUUACACACUAGUAACUAAAUACCUUGACUGGAUCAAGAAAACAAUGGGGAAAAAACACUGACAGAGUGACACUGUGUUAUUAAUGUUUUAUCUUCACCAAUUAGUGUGAAACAUGAAAAUGUACUCAGAAAACGUACUCUACUAUAAUUGAAAAACAAUAAAUACCUGACAAUCUUUUCCGACCAUG